GCGGCCAUGAAUGACGUCUUGUAAAUAAUAAAACAUAAUUAGUGUACAAACAAAAUGGCGAAUUCGUCUUCAACCGCCGAUUGUGAGGUCACUCUCGCCGACCAAACGCUUAUCAAUCGUUUCGCGCGAUUAAAUGCCAAAUGCGAUGAACUGGAGGCCGACGUGGCUUCGGCCGCCAGAUUAGCCGAAAACGCUUCAGAUGCCAUCAACGAACUCCUGAUCGCAGACGACAACGACGGCAGCGGAGGACUUCUGGUCAGAUGUGGAGAAGUUUUUGCUCGAAUGUCUGCUGAAGAAGCGGAGGAAUGGAUUGAAGGAAGAAAAGCCGAAAUCGAAGACAAAACGGGAAAACAAAAGAAUGUUUUGUCGGAAAUGCGGACAGAAAUGACCAAAAUUAAGACAACUCUUUACGCGAAAUUCGGUCAUAACAUCAACUUGGAGUACGACGACGACUGACCACUUGACCGCCGAUCAGCCGACUGCCCCGCGGAGAUGUUGUUGGUGCGCGUGCGCGGACUGUAUUGCAGAGAAGUGUGUUUUUGGGCGUCGGCUUUGAUUUGAGUGAAAGUUUUGUCAGAUUUUCUCAGUUUUUAUCCGUUUUUCGAAUAAAGAGUUUUUGUUUCGAA